AUGGACGACUACUUGGCCGCCCUAGGACUGCAUCGGAAGCGGGUCGCAAAGGACGGCUCGUGCUUGUUCCGCGCCGUGGCCGAGCAGGUCCGUCACUGCCAAAGCCUUCACGCGCAAGUUCGUGCCGAAUGCGUCCGCUUCCUGAGGCGAAACAGAGCGAGUUACGAGGCGUUCAUCGAAGGUGAUUUUGAAUCGUACCUGCGUCGACUGGAAGACCCGCAGCAGUGGGCGGGCGAGGUGGAAAUGAACGCAUUAGCCAUCAUGUACAAGAGGGACUUUGUGAUCUUUCAAGAGCCUGGCCAACCCCCAGUGGACAUCACAGGCAAUAAAUUCAAAGAGAAGGUCCAAUUGUCUUUUCUGAACGGAAAUCACUAUGACAGCGUUUAUCCCAUCAGCCAUAUAAAGAACGCCGCGCUCUGUCAGUCCAUCUUGUAUGAGCUUCUGUACGCAGAAGUCUUCCAGGUGAGGCGUCACGCUCUGGCUUCCUGGCGUUCCGGCGGCCGAGCCUGCGUUCAGUUGAGCGACAUCCACAUGGCGGCGUGCGCUAGCAGCGAGUCCGACUCCGACCCGGACCCGGACGCGGGCGACUCUAGGAGUAACGGCAAAAGCUGGACUAGGGGGCGGGGCCGCGGGUUGAUAUUGUCAGAAAGUGUCCGUCGCUCUCUGAACGCCGAUCUGUACAGAAAUGUCGCGUACGACGUGUGGCGUAAGUUCAAGAAAGCGCAGCAAAAGCAGGACUACAGCAUGGCCGCCGAGUUGCAGUUUUCUGCCGGACGGCGCCGUCAGGUCCGGCCGGACGGAAGCGAGCGGGACGUCGACGCCGGCGUCCGGGUGACUCUUUACGCCGAAGACGAAGGCCAAACUCUGCGAUCGGUGACGUCGGAAGUCCCGGGUCGGAGCGACGCCGUCCGUCGGGAGGGGAGGCUUAGCGAUGGGCGGAAAGGUACCGCCGUGUCCUGCCAGGAGGUGGCUCGGGGCAGGGGCAAGUCCUCCGGUCCCAGAGCGGGUGCCCGUGUACACGUACAGCGGCAGAAGUCCAGAUGGAAGAACACGUCCGACGCCUCCACUUUUGGCCUGACGGAGGAGGAGCGUUUGGCCAAAGACGAGGAGCUCGAAAACGUGGCUCUGGUGGAGCUCCAAAUGAAGGACGAGCGCAGCUUUCCGGCUCUCGGGGUUAGGAAUCCAAGAGCGAGUCCACUUAAAGACAUCGGGGUGCCUUCUUCCCGCGACGCGGAGAGACGGACGAGCGCCGCUCUUCGAAGCGCCGACUCCUCGCGCUCCUCUCCUCCUUCUGCGAAUUCUGCCGUCCCGUCCUCAAAUAUUCCCGCCGGCGAAGCGGCUCCCGUUUUCAUCGCUCCCGUGGCUCCGUCUCCUUCCGCUGCGACGGCCGUUUUCCGGCGUUUGUCCUCGCCCGGGCCUUCGACGGCCCCGAGACGCUCCUCUUCGUCGCCGGCGCCCCACCUUCCGCGAGUCGCGGACGCCCUCCGGAGCUCUGCCGCGGAGCAGAGUCUGUGUCCAGAUUUGCCCGCGGACCGGGGAGCGACCGAAGAAGCGCGGGACGGGGAAGCCGACGCGAUCGGCGACGCGUCGGAUCCCCCUCGGAACCGGCAAGUCCGGUCAGAGCCGCCUCCCGCUCCCCUCCUCCAAAAUCCCGGCCAGGUUGCAUCAGUUGAGGAAGCCUCCUCCGGCGCCCCCUUCCCGACGGGACGGCCCGCCGCUCACCUGCUCCAGAAUCCCGGCCAGAUUGCAUCAGUUGAGGAAGCCUCCUCCGGCGCCCCCUUCCCGCCGGGACGGCCCGCCGCCUCCUUCCCGCCAGGACGGCCCGCUGCUCCCCUGCCCCAGAAUCCCAGCCAGAUUGCAUCAGUUGAGGAAGCCUCCUCCGGCGCCCCCUUCCCGCCGGGACGGCCCGCUGCUCCCCUGCUCCAGAAUCCCAGCCAGAUUGCAUCAGUUGAGGAAGCCUCCUCUGGCGCCCCCUUCCCGCCGGGACGGCCCCCGACCCUCGCGGGAAACAUCCCCGUGCGGCAUCUCUCCCAGGACCCGCUGUACCCAGGCUUCCCCAUGGGGGAAAACGGCAACGUUCUUCCCACUCCGGACUUUUCUCUCCGCGAAUCUGGAGAAGACCUCCCCCGAGAUAUAAACGUCCUGAGGUUUUUCUUCAACUUGGGCGUGAAGGCUUACACCUGGCCCUUCUACAUGCCCUGGGUGUACCUGUUGCCCCUCCAGCAGACCCACAUCGUGCCCCAAAUCCUCUGUCCGGCCCAGACUCCCCACCAUCCUCCCGACGACUCCCUCCCGCCCGCCGAUGACUGCUACGGCCGAGCGUGGCGGGAGUACGGCGAGUCGGCGUGGCGACGGCAGGCGGCGGAAUCCGCCGCACGGUCCGCCCCGUUGGCGACGUCCCCCCGGAACCCUUUUGCCGAUGUGCUCCGCGGAGGUUCUCUGGAAACGUCUCCAAUCGGUUCUCUGGAAACUUCUCCCAUCGCUACAGUACUAGCACCGAAUACAGGGGAGGACAGUGUAAACGUGAUGCCACAGCCUGACGACAACGCAAGACAGGGAGGAGCCGUUCCUUUGGCCCGCACGCCGCCGCCUCAUCACCCGUCAGUGGGCAGCAACACAGAAGAAGCCUACGAGUCAAACGACCAGAGGCCGGCACAGGGCCGACAUUACGGCGGACGGCGAGGCGGUUACCGGAGGAGACGUGGACGAGAACCCGGCGUUCAAGGAAGAUACUGA